AUGUCCCCGGUCGUCGUCCGAAUGAGUCUUCAAGGGCCAGAGAAACAGUUGGCCCCGGCAGGCAGGUGGAGGCUUUCCCCUUCUGGAGUAAGACAUGCAGAGCGCGUCUGCGAGGCGCCUAACCCCGAAACAGCGAAACAUGGCAAGACAUCCCACGAGGCACGUCUUUCUCCCCAAUGCGCCACGGAUUUGCCGCCGGGGAAAGAGAAGAAUACUGGAGCAAAGCCUGUGAUCAGUGACACGCACAUCUACAACGCUGAAGCCUGGAAAGGAGAGUGGGAGGAAAAGGAAAAAGAGGAGUUUGCAACCCACGAUCUCAAGAUUCCGGCAUUGCUGAAGUGA